AACAGGAUCAAAGAUAUUCAAGGAGUGAAUAUAAUAGGUAAAUAGUUGACAAUCAAAAUGAUCUCCUUUCUACAGGACAAUGAAUAUCCUUUUUUCAUAUAUAAAAAGAUAUACCCUCCAUUUUUUUAAAUACACUAUCUAUCUUUUUUUUUUAUAAGAAAAAGCAAAUAAAAAAAAGGUUAAUCAUCAUGUCCGAUACUGAACGCCCUACCAUGGUUCCUGAAAUCAACCCAAGAAUUACUGCCUACGUUGAAAGCGGUUGCUAUGUCUGUCAAAAGUACUUUGCCAAUGCCAGUUCUCUCAGAACUCAUAUGCGCGUUUUUCACUUCACUGAACUACCCCCAAGACCAUCCGGAAGGAGCCGACCUCAUAGCGUAAAAUAUGUUUGGAAGUCAAAGAAACAGCCUCAUCGUCGUACUCUUAUGGGAUGUCCAUCAUGUUGGUUUCAUUGUCCUCUCAGUUUUACUCGUAUAGCCAGACAUAUUAAAGAGUAUCAUAUGGAUCCUGAUUAUGAAGGUUCUGAAGAUCCUAUUGAUGAAAACGAAUCCAAUUUUGAUGACGAAAACUUUAUGGACUCCAGUGCCGCCACAGCCAAUAUUUAUGCUGCCAUGGAAAGUCUUACCGGAAAAUUUAACUCCCUCUUUAGAUAAAAAACCUUAUUCACCACCACCCCCCAUUCAGUAAUUUAAAUCAUUCAUAAAUAAUCAUUGCACAAUAAAAUCAACAAGGGAGAAACAUUUUUUU